AUGGAUGCUUUGCUUCGGAAAUAUAGGAUUGUGCACAGAGUUUCUACUUCUUAUCAUCCCCAGACUAAUGGGAAUGCUCAAACCUCAACUAGGGAAAUCAAACAGAUCUUAGAAAAGAUGGUGCAACCAAAUAGGAAAGACUGGAGCCACCAACUUGAAGAAACUCUUUGGGCUUAUAGAACAGCCUAUAAAACACCAAUUGGGAUGUCCCCUUAUCGACUUGUGUUUGGUAAGGCAUACCACGUCCUAGUGGAAAUAGAGUACCAUGCUUAUUUGGUAGUCAAGAGUUGUAACCUUGAGAUGGAGAAAACAUGUUUAAAGAGAAAGCUUCAAUUGCAAUAA